AUGGGCUCAGAAGCGUUAGCCUCCGACCACACAUCCGCAGCAGCCUUGGCGCUGACAUACUACUUUCAAGCUGCUGCAAACCUGGCCGCUGAAAACUUCAAAAAGAUCCCUGGAAGUGCCAUCAUCGCACGCUACGUCGCGAGUAGCUACCAAAAUGAUCCUAUUCGAUCCCUUCUCGAGCUCUUUCUCGUCCUCUUUGCUGUUCGAACCGUUUUGCAGAGCAGAACACGCGGCGGUGCAAGCGGCAAGAACUUUGUCAACCUUUCCGCAAAGGAAAUCGAUGAUCUCGUCGCUGAGUUCAAGCCUGAGCCCCUGUGCGCCCCUCUCACGCCCGCCGAAUCGCGCGAGCUUGCAUCAAUUCCUACUAUCAUCGGAGGCGCUGGCAGCAAGCCCAAGAUCAGCCUCGCAUCCCACAAUGCCGGAAAACCAACCCAGGUGACAAACCUUGCCAGUUACAACUUUACCAAUCUUGCUGCUCACGAAGCUGUCAAGGACAAGGCCAUCGAGACUCUGCGAAACUACGGCGUGGGAAGUUGCUCACCUCCCGGCUUCUACGGUACCAUCGAUGUACACAUGCAGCUCGAGUCAGAUAUCGCUCGCUUCCUGGGAACGCAGAAUUGCAUCAUCUACAGUCAAGGGUUCAGCACCAUCUCUUCCGUCAUCCCCGCAUUCUCCAAACGUGGCGACAUCAUCGUUGCCGAUCGUGGUGUCAACUAUGCUAUUCAGAAGGGCAUCCAGAUCUCUCGAUCCACGGUCUACUGGUAUGACCACAAUGAUAUGGAAUCACUACAGGCCGUUCUCGAGCAGGUCAAGCGCGACACGAAACGAAGAAACGGUCCUCUCACUCGUCGCUUCAUCGUCACCGAAGGCGUGUUCGAGGCCGAUGGCGCUUUGAGCAAUUUGCCCAAAAUUCAAGAGUUGAAGAAACGAUACAAGUUCCGCCUCGUUCUCGAUGAGAGCAUCAGCUUCGGCACGGUCGGCGCAACCGGCCGCGGCCUCACAGAGCUCUUCAACAUUCCCGCUUCCGAAGUCGAGAUCCUCGUCGGAUCUAUGGCUAACACGCUCGGCGCUGCCGGCGGCUUCUGCGCCGGGUCAGACGAGGUCGUUUACCACCAGCGUAUCAAUGGUACUUCGUUUGUCUUCUCCGCUGCCUUGCCCGCCUUACUCGCUGUGGCUGCCAGCACCGCCAUUUCCUACAUGGUUGCACAACCUUCGAUUCUCACCACGCUCCAAGACAAUGUCAAGACGCUUCGUUCAAUUUUGGACCGCGUCGAAUCGCUUCGCAUCUCGAGCGAUCCACGCAGCCCUCUCGUUCACAUUCAGGUCCGCAGCAAAACCGACCGUCACCCAGAUACACCCGCCGACAAGUUCGACAAGGGCAAGAACAGCCUUUCCGUCGGCGACGUCAGUUUGACACUGACCAGCAGUAACGACGAAAAGCGCAUAGCCGCUGCAGGCCCGCAGGAACACGAUCUCUCGGUCGACCAACAAACGAGAUUGUUGCAGGCGAUUGUCGAGGAUGCGUUGGAGCAUGGCGUUUUCAUUACCAGGAUGAAGAGGCUGCCAAGUAUCAAUCCCAAGGUGCUGGAGGUGGCGCCCGAGUCGAGACCCAACAUCAGGAUUGCUGUCAGUACGGCAUUCACGAAAAAGGAGAUGGAGAAGGCGGCUAACGUCAUCAAGGCCAGCGCGGUCAAAGUUCUUGGCAAGAGGAGGUAG